AUGUGGUUUGGUUCUAUAAAUUGUCUGCUGUAUUGUUUUGAUUAGGAAAAUCAUUUGGACAGGUAACAUUACAGCUACGUAAUCUACGAUCUCCCCUGUAGUCAUAGAAGUCAUGGAUGAGCAGACAGGCUCUCCUGGAGCCAAUGCUGACAACAACAGCCAAAGAAAUGGAGAUGAGAAGCCCCGACGUGGCAGCUGGACCAAGGGGAGGAAGAGGAAGAAGCCAAUGAAAGACAGCAAUGCACCCAAGGCCCCCCUAACGGGCUACGUUCGCUUCAUGAACGACAGACGAGAGCAGCUACGGGCAGAGCGUCCAGAUGUGCCAUUUCCAGAGAUUACGAGGAUGCUGGGCAACGAGUGGAGCAAGCUGCCCCCCGAGGAGAAGCAGCGAUACUUGGAUGAGGCAGAGAGAGACAAGGAGCGCUACAUGCGGGAGCUGGAGAAGUACCAGAAGACGGAGGCUUAUAAACAUUUCACCAGGAAGGUUCAGGAGAAGCAGAAGGGCAAGCGGCACAGGGGAGAUGUUGGGCACCAGGUAGCCAACGAGGCUCUUCACGAGAAGGAUGCAGAAGGCAAGGACAGAACUGUUUUUGACAUACCAAUCUUCACAGAGGAGUUUCUCAACCACAGCAAAGCACGUGAAGCUGAGAUGAGGCAGCUGCGUAAGACCAACAUGGAGUAUGAGGAGCGUAACGCAGCGCUGCAGAAACACGUGGAGAGCAUGCGCGGGGCAGUAGAGAGGCUGGAAGGCGACGUGAUGCAAGAGAGAGGACGUAACAGCCUUCUCCACCAACACCUGGAGACCCUGCGCCAGGCGCUCACCUCCAGCUUCUCCUCUGUACCUUUGCCAGCUAGUGGAGAGACACCCACUCUUGACAGCAUUGACUCGUACAUGAAGAAGCUCCACAGCAUCAUAGUCAGUAACCCCCAGGAACAUGAGAAUCUCAUCAACACUGUGAGAGACGUGGUCAACCGUUUGGACAGAUAAUUGGACCAAGUCCCACUGAUUGGAUGGAUUGAGAUUCACUGUGACAUUCAGUAGAGGCCACUCCUUGACGAGGAAUCUUCCGGACGAUCUGGCAUCCCAAUUCCUUUUGAAACCUCUUUUAUUACUCUGCUAUUGUAAUGUAGGUAAAGGUUAUGUAGCGGCUCAUAUUUAUUUAUAAUUGUU